AUGGCUCUCAGGCUCGCCGUGGCGCUCGCGCUCCUGCUCGGAGCGGGGUGCCACGCGGCGCGGCUGCCGCUCGAGCCCUUCCGCCUGCACCCGCAGCGGCCACCGCUGCGCUCGUGGAGGCAGUGGGCGCAGGACCUGGUGUUCGGGCGGGAGGAGGUCGAGUUCCACAACGACCUGCAGCGCGUCCGCGUGGACCGCGUCGUUGACGUCAUUGGCAAGCACCACAAGCACAAGGACAUCAGCGUCAAGGUCGACAGCCAGCGCCUCAGGGGGUCCGGCUCGUGGGUCACGGUGUCGUGGGAGAACUUCCCGGACCCCUCCCCGGAGGACUGGAUUGGCGCCUACUCCACCGACAGCACCGUGCUCGAGGCGGCGCCGCUCAAGUUCAAGUACCUCGCGGCGUCCGGGACGCACCUCGCGGCCGGCGCCGGCGCGCUCCGGUUCCGCCUCAUCAACCACCGCGCGCCGAUAAAGUUCUACUUGUUCCAGGGGGGUCUCGACAGCCCUGACGCAGUGGCCGAGUCGACGACGCUCGAGUUCGACAGCUACGCCGAACCCACGGGCCUGAGGCUCGCGCUCACCGGGAAGGAGGGGGAGGUGGUCGUGCAGUGGACGAGCACGCUGCCGCCCGCGGACGCGCUCGCGCUCGGGCGCCACCACCACCGCCGCAGCGACGACAGCGACAGCGACAGCGACAGCGACAGCGACAGCGACGACGGCGCGGACUCCGACAGCGACGACGACGUGGACGACAAGCAGAGCGUGUUCUGGUCGAAGCACGCCGAGGACCUCCAGGGCGACACCCCCGGGGGGCGCCGCGAGGAGGCCGCCUACGACACGUACAGCAAGGCGGACCUGUGCGGCGCCGAGUCGACCGGCUUCGGCUGGAUCGACCCCGGCGCGUUCUUCUCCGUCACGCUCACGGGCAUGAAGCACGGCGAGACGUACUUCUACCGCGUGGGCAGCCCCGCGACGGGCCUGAGCCCCGUCACCAAGAUGGUGGUGCCGCCCGCGCCUGGGGACGACUACAUGCGCGCGCUGGUGCUCGCGGACAUGGGGCAGGACGAGGUCGACUCCGGCAACCAGCAGCAGAGCUGGGACCACUACUUCAUCGGCUCCCUCGGCGUGAUGAAGGCGAUGGUGGAGGAGGAGAUGCAGGAGGGGCGGGAGCCGCAGAUGGUGCUGCACCAGGGCGACAUCGCGUACGCCAUGGGGUACGUGGCGUCGUGGGACACGUGGCACGACCUGGUGCAGCCGAUCGCGCAGCAGAUGCCGUGGAUGGUCGCCAUCGGCAACCACGAGCGCGACUGGCCUGACUCCGGGGACCUCUUUGGCAACAAGGACUCCGGGGGGGAGUGCGGGGUGGCGUACGAGACGCGCCUGAAGAUGCCGACGCCGGCGCUGGACCAGCCGUGGUACUCGUUCGAGGUCGGGCCCGUGCACUUCACGCAGAUCUCCUCGGAGCACGACUUCACGCGCGGCACCGUCCAGCACAACUGGGUCGUCCAGGACCUCGCCGCCGUCGACCGCGCGAAGACGCCGUGGCUCAUCGUCGGCGGGCACCGGCCGUUCCACGUGUCGAGCAAGGACAAGGCGCACAAGUUCGGCGACCAGGCCGUGUCGGAGCUGCUCCAGCAGGCCUUCGAGGGGGUGUUUUCCGAGUACGACGUGGACCUGACGCUGGUCGGGCACCACCACUCGUACCAGCGCACGUGCGCGCUCGUGGACGGCACGCACUGCGCGCGCGAGGGCGAGCGCGGCACCGUGCACGUCGUUCUCGGCAACGCCGGCGCGGGCCUGAAUUACAACAUCCUGGACCCGCAGCCAGACAUGUUCCAGCGAGUGUUCUUGGAACACGGGUACGCGCGGAUGGAGGCCAACCGGACGCACCUCACGCUCGAGGCCAUCUCGUCGUCGUCGCGCGAGGUGAUGGACACGCUUGUCCUCGAGAAGGGCGGCGCGGCGCGCGAGUGA